CAGCCAAAGUAUCUCUCACAUUCACUCAUCUUCCUUUCAACAUCGUCGCUCAACUGUUCGUCAUAAUUCCCCAAAGAGUCUCGACUACUAAUCGCCAAACAAUGGUGGUUCCUCUCGGCCCCGGCAAGUUCUACGGAAGCAGCCUUCCACGGCCCCGCAUCUACACGGAUACCAAGUUCAGCUCGGAACGUAUAGACCCUCCGGUCCCGGUCCUCGAUCCGCUCCUCUCAUGGGCCGACGAUGCACAUUGGUCCAUGGGUGGUCGCAGCUUCAAGCGCCUCCGUCUCCAAGGUCGUAUCGAAGGCAACGUCAAAAGACUCAAGGCUCAGCGCGAGAAAAUUCUCAAUGACACCCCCGAAAGGAGUUCUAAGACCAAAAUCGAUGCAUACGACGACGUUUCUCCUCCUCCCGCCCCCAUGGCUGUAAAAAGAAGAUUCUUGGAUCUAAACGACGACGAUAACGCCCUGAGUGGAAGCGAAGUCGAUGAACCGCUGCUGAAGAGAGAAAAGAAGAGGGUGUUGCGGAACGGUGCGGUGCGGAAGUUGGGCAAUGAUUUCGAGCUAGCAGCGAAGAACGGCGGGUUGGUUAGCGAAAUGAAUAUUAGCUUUAGCGACGGCAUCGGCGGCGACGUGAUGAGGAUCGUCGAGGAGGUUAAUCAUUGGCCUGAAACUAAAGAUGAUAAGAAGAAAACGAAGGGUAAAACUGAGGUGACUAGUGGGAGUAGGACUUCACCCAGAUUGGCAAAGCGUGGCCGUAAUUAAGAUAAAUGUGGGAUUUUUAUGUUUGUUGAAGCAGGAAUUAUGAGCAUUGUUAAUCUAAAUUUACAGAAAUGUAAUUUAAUUUCUCUUCAUUACCAAAGUGAUUUCUUUACUAGCUUGAUUAGUUCAUCCAUGGAGAUAACAUUGAAACCCUAGCUUUUACAUUGUUAA